AUGGGCGCCUCAUGGUAGCGCCACCCCACCCCCUCACCCCUACCCCACCUCGCGCCCCGCCCCGCCCCGCCCAUGGCACGGCGCCUGCUGGCCCGCCACCUCCUGCCGCACCUCCGCCUCGGCGCGCGCUGCUCCGCGCCCCCUACCCCGCCGGCCCUCGCCGCCACGCGCCGCCUGACCCGCGGCCCGGCCUCGUCUCCCCCGCCGUGGGCUCCCCAAGGAGCACGGUUCUUUGCUGAUGAUCGUUCACACUACGAUCUGUUUGGUAAAAGAAGGCCAGGUGAUGAAGAGUUCAGGAAAGCUUGGCAGGAGAAUGUUGACGAGGAGGACUGCCUAUGGACUGCCAGUGAGGACGAGGAUGAGGAGAAAGAGAACGAUACAAAAAUGGAGAGGGAAAUGAAGAAAGUGAAGAAGCAAGCCAAGGAAAAUGCAAACCUUAUUGAUGGUGAUGACAGUGAUGAGUUAAGAAGUAUAUGCCCUGAGAGCGAUGAAGAAGAUAUGACUCUCUGGAGUGGCAGUGAAGAGGACGAUGACAAUGAUAUCCCUACCGAGCCACAUCCCAAUGAACGCAGUGACUCAUACAUAGAUAAGGUGUUUGAAUUUGAUGAGACGCCUAAAUAUCGCACAAUCUCUGAGCUGUUAAAAGCCGAGAAGGAACCACCAGAGCUCUCGCCAGGAAAGCAAGCCAGAAAACUUGCUGUAGAAAAUGCUCUCAAGAAGUUGAAAAAAGGGCCUGAUGGACGCUACAUUAAUGUAUUUGAUGUUGUCACUGAUAUAGAUAUCCUGAUUGGAGCAUUUGAGAACAUUGUUUCAGGACCAGAGUAUGCCGAGCUGCGGGAGGGCGGACCAAAGAAGCUCAAUAUCCAGUUCUUUAAGGAUAUACAAGCACGAAUGAGAGAUCCAAAUUUCAACUUUUCUCCAGAGUUGAAGUUGAAGCCUAAGAGUAAGUUAGUUCCUAAGAAGAAAUGGCAGAAAGCACAAUCAAGGAAGAGGAAAAAUGACAAACGUUGAGCUGAGAUAACACAACAGUCAAAAGUAAUGUAUUUCUCUUCCAGAAUGCUCUCUUCAAAUGGUGGUCAAGUUAUCUGUAGUGUUGUUAUCCACAAUGAACAUCUUCUGUAACAUGACAGGAGUACUUUAGCAAAUGUACCUCUGUCCAUAUCAUUUUGAUGUAUGUUCCGUUUGGGAAACAAAUGGGGUCUGAAUUCAGUAGUCUGUUUUAAUUCAGCAAGCCUGGAACGGGUUUCUAUCCGUUUACACUGUAAAUAGCUUGCAGCAGCUAGGUGGAAAUGAUGUACUCAAAUUGUUGCUCUAGCAUGCUUCUCUUUUAUCCAAGGAAACCAAUCAACUUCCUUUGAAA